AUGAACUUCUCGACCAGCACUACGGCGCGUAUGGAUACCGACACUGAAAUCAGAGGUUUCUAUGUACCAGCGACCAAGAUUAUUCCAUCUUUGACUGAAUUUCAUAUCCUCAAGGUCAGUAGAUAUAAACCUUACCGCUGGUUCAUCCGACAUGACUUCGGAAAGGGUCUUCCAGAGCUUCCUGCCAAAAUUUGCAAGCUAAGUCAAACAUAUCAGGGUGUUUGCAAAGUCAAAAUGUCUUGA